AUGGAAGCGCCGCCUACGAACCACGCCCGACGAAGAAGCGCAUCUCUGGCCGGCGCAGGAGCUGGGAACCCCCCGGGCGGCGAACCCACAGCGAAGAAGCACCAGCGGACACAGUCGCAGCCCCCCAUCGAAGAGGACGGGUCUUCGUCGGACGGAGAGCUCUCGGAUUCCUCCAACAAGACCGAGAGCACCGACCUCGAGCUGGAUGAUAUGCGCUCCGACGAUGAGCUCGAGGACGACGAGGAGACGGGAUUGACGGCGAGAGACAGGCGGCGGCGCAGGAGACGCAAGAGGCAGCAUACUAGGUUCGAUGAGCGGAUUGUGCCGGACCACAGCAUUUCGAAGGAAGAGGAGAAGAUGGCUUCGCAGAGCAUGGUAAGAUCUAUGCUCAUAAACGCGUUGUUAAUUGGAUUAUGGUACUUGUUUUCAAUCUCAAUAUCACUGUAUAACAAAUGGAUGUUCAAAGACGAGAAGGAGGAUGGAGAAUCCCGGAACAUCUUCCCGUUCCCGCUAUUCACAACUUGCCUGCAUAUGAUUGUUCAAUUCUCCCUCGCAUCGCUGGUCCUAUUCCUAAUACCAGCAUUUCGUCCACGACACGAUUCCAUUAGCAACCCCCAUUCCUUCCGCGGUCCUCCCCCUCCUGCUGAGGCUAUUGAUCCGAAGAAGCCACUCAUGACCAAGUGGUUUUAUUUCACACGUCUUGGGCCAUGUGGAGUUGCCACGGGCAUGGACAUUGGCUUGGGGAACAUGAGUUUGAGAUUUAUAACUCUGACCUUCUUCACAAUGUGCAAGUCCUCCGCUCUCGGCUUCGUCCUCAUAUUCGCCUUUCUCUUCCGCCUCGAAAAGCCGUCCUGGAAACUCGUCCUUAUUAUCCUUAUCAUGACUAUUGGCGUAGUUAUGAUGGUUGCUGGCGAAACCGCCUUCAACGCUCUAGGGUUUAUCCUGGUUAUGUCAUCCGCACUUUCCUCCGGCUUUCGCUGGUCCCUCACGCAAAUCCUCCUUCUCCGCAACCCCGCAACAUCAAAUCCUUUCUCCUCUAUCUUCUUUCUCGCCCCUGUCAUGUUCCUAUCCCUUCUCGUUAUCGCCAUACCGGUAGAGGGAUUCUCCGCGUUAGCAGGGGGAUUUUCUCAGCUCAUGGAGACCAAAGGCCCAGUUUUGGGUAUUGGCAUUCUUCUAUUUCCCGGCUGUCUCGCCUUUUUAAUGACGUCGUCUGAGUUCGCCCUCCUGAAGCGUACAUCGGUAGUCACACUCUCCAUCUGCGGCAUCUUCAAGGAGGUGGUUACCAUCUCCGCUGCCAACAUCGUCUUCGACGACCACCUUACACCCAUAAACCUUUCCGGCUUGCUCAUCACCAUCGCGAGCAUCGCCGCAUACAAUUACAUCAAGAUUAAGAAGAUGCGAGACGAUGCACGGCUCCAAGCGCAUUUGGUGGCGGAGGAAUAUGCACCAGUGCUGGUGAAUGAUCCAGAUCAGCCACGGGCUAGCAUUGCGUCAGUCAGUGGAACGAGGGGGAGCAUCCGGAAUAGUCUGCAUAUCCCGCCCUUAGUUGCUGAGAGCCGCAUCGAGAGUCCGGUCAGGCAGAGUCCAAUUAAGCGGCCGGAGAAUAUCGAUUGA